AUGGGUCAGAAAAUAUCCAUACUGUACAAUUAUGUUUGCAAUCUAAUUUCUUCCAAACGAUCACAAAAUGUUUCUUCUGCGGACAAUAAAAUCGAAGAAGGUUCAUUUAUUUUGUCACAGCCCCCUCGACGUCGCAUAAAUCAGUUUGAUAUAUGGACACCAUGUAAUCAUGAAAAAGAUUUAAUUCUUGUCUGGAUGGAUGAACAAAUUGAUAUAGAUUCAAAAAAUACAAUGCAAAUGAAAAUUUUAUUGAACAAAGUCAAUGAACAUACGCUGUUAUUUUCAAAUAAAGAUCGAUUUGUUAAAUUUGUGGAAACAUUAACAAAUGAAACAAUAUUUCUUAUAAUAUCCGGACAAGUUUCUUCUGAUAUAUUAUCAUUUGCAAAUAGUAAAGAACAGAUUCAUGCAAUAUAUAUAUUUUGUAUGCAAGAUGAUGAUUAUAAAAACUUGAUUGAUCAUUACUCAAAACUGCAUCAUGCAUACAAUAAUCAUGUAGAACUUAUUCUUGAAGUACAGAAAGGCAUUGAUAUUUACAAGAAACAAUCAAUGAAAUUCAAUUCAUUGAGUAAAGAUGAGCAAAAAUCCAUUAGUAAUUUAUCUCUUGAAUCGACCUUAUUUUUAUGGAGUUAUGUACUCAAAGAAAUUUUGAUCAAUACUGAUAAAUCAGAUGAUGCAAAACAAGUCAUGCUCGCUCAUUGUCGUUCACAAUAUCCAUCAGGUGAUCCCAUGCUAGCGCAAAUUGAUAAAUUCGAAAAAAAUUAUCAGUCGAAAGAUGCGAUUGAAUGGUACACAAAAGAUUCAUUUGUGCACAAAUUAGUGAACAAAUUAAUUAGAAUCGAAAAUAUCGAUGCAUUAUUACACCUGAAAUUUUUUAUUGUGGAUCUUUCUGCUUGCUUGAAAAUGAAAUGGGAACAGGACUAUAGCCACAGAUCGUAUGAAUCAAUUAAAGUCUUUCGUGGUGCUCAAUUAACAAAUACGGAAAUAGAGAAGUUAAAACCUGAUUGUCUAAUAUCACCAAAUGGCUAUUUCUCUAUGAGUGAAUCAUUAGAAACGGCCAGUAUGUUUGCAGGAAAUACAUUAUUUGAGAUUGACAUUGAUCCAUUGGUAGGAAACUUAAUAUUUGCUAAUAUUGCUGAAUAUAGUCAGUUUCCACAAGAACAAGAAAUACUGUUCGAUUUGGGAUGUAUGUUUAAAAUUGUUAGUGUCAUUGAGAGUAACUCUACUCAACCAUCGAUUGUCAAAAUGAUUGGUGUGAAUGAAGGUGAGCAACUUGCCAACGAUUUCUUUAAAACGAUAAAAGAGAAAAAGAAAUCUAACGGAUAUGUUGAUGGUUUAAUCAAUGAUAUUGUACAUAAAAUUGGCUAUGAACAAUUCAUUCGUCUUUAUGAAUAUUUUUUGAGGCUUUCAACAGCUGAUACACAGAAAAUUGUCAAAAAUUGUUUUAGAUUUGUGAAUUUAUAUGAAAAAUGUUGUGAUGCUUCAAAUGUGGCUGUACUAUAUGGUUGUUUUGGAUGGUUUUUGACACAGAGAGCAGAAUAUGACUCGGCUAUUGUAUCUUGCACUCGAGCAUUAUCAUUAGUAGAAAGAAAAUCAUCGAAUGGCAAUAUGACCAUUGAAAUUGCCAUGAUUCACAAUACAAUCGGUUGGAGUUAUUAUGAAAAAGAAGAUUAUAAGACUGCUUUGGACUGGUGUCAGAAAGCGAGAAAGAUAUUCGAACAAUGUUCAUAUGUCGAAGAUUCGAAAUACGUCAGAAUUCUACGAUCAGAGCAAAAUUUGAAAAAAUCUCCAUCACGUAACGCUAUUGAAUACGCCGAAAUUCUUACCAAUAUUGGAUGCAUUUAUUAUAAAAAGAACGAUUUUGUUACAGCAAUUCACUAUUGCAAAAAAUCCAUGAUCAUUCUCAAACAAUGUGAUCACAAAAUCAUAUUCGAUAGUCAUAAUCGAAAGGUAAUAGCUUCGAACUAUGAAAUUGAUAAUCAUCAUGAAACGCUUGCAGCUAAUUAUGAAGUUUUUGCCGAUGUCUAUUAUAAAAAGGAAAACUAUAAUCUUGCACUUGAAUAUUAUCAAAAAGCGCAAGUUAUAUUUGAAACAAUAACACCACGAAUACCGAUCUGUUUGCAAAGAUCACCAUCCAUUUUCGGUCGAAAUAUAAAACGUUUGCAAAAUUCUAUUCGAAUUACAGAACGAAAACUCGUUGUCAAGAACCAAAAUACUACAUUACAACAAGAAAGAGAAAGAAAACCAAUUGAUUGA